GUGGAGAAUAUAUCGCCCAAAAACGGACAUGGGGUUGGUGGCCUUCAUCACGUGCGGCGCGUGCUCUAGCCGUCGCAAACACGGCCACGAGAACUUCCCGGACACCAUUACGAUCCCCACGCCGUCCGCGCAGUCGCACAACGCGGCACUGGCGCAUCACCACCCGUACGAUAUCCACGGCACUCCCGCGCCUGCCCCCGCUGCACGUGAACACCGCAAUACUCGUGGAGAGGACCGGUCCAGAGACAGCAACGAGCCGCGACGCGACCGGAAAACGUCGAACCCGCAGCCCCGAGUCUCCAACGGCCCGAGCAGAGUGUCAAACGGCCCGAACAGAUCAUCCAGCGCCCAACAGCGACCGCGUACAGGCUCCCGACCGCAACAGUAUCAACCGCAGCACCCUGAGCAGAGAUCGCGUCCGCAGCAGCACGACCGCCACGCGCGACAUGAGCGUCCGGCCGUACGCAAUGUCGAGCCUGUCGCGCCGGAGAAACUACGACCAAGCGGCGGCGGCUCGGGCGGUUCAGGCAAUAACCGCGAUUCAGAGAUCACAGACAGGUCUAAAGAGGUUGCGAGCAAAGUGUUGGAGCAGUUUCAGACCGACCCGACGCUCGGAGGGAUGCGCAUCCCGUACUCGUCGCUGUAUUUCACGCGCGUGCUGAGUAAAGGCGCGUUCGGUGAGGUGUGGCUCGCGCAACUGGAGAACAGACAGGUGGCCGUCAAGCGGAUUUUGAACGAGAAGAAGAACGACGAGAAGGAGAUCGAGUGUUUUGGCGCAGAAAUUAAACUCAUGGCUUCUUUCUCGCACCCGAAGAUCGUCGAGUUCAUGGGCGUGUCGUGGAGCUCCAUGCAGGAUGUGUGUGCCGUGACGGAAUACAUGGCCAAGGGCGAUCUAUACGGCUUCCUUAAACGCCGACAGGGACAACUGAACUGGCGCGACCACAAGAUCUUUUUGGCUGAAGAUGUGGCCGAUGCGCUCGGAUACUUGCACGGCCUGUCGCCCAAGGUGAUUCACCGUGAUCUUAAGUCGAAGAAUAUUCUAUUGGAUGACUCCUUCCGAGCCAAACUGAGCGACUUUGGUAUCAGUCGCGAACGAUCGGUGGAGGACACAAUGACUGCCGGUGUGGGCACAAUAUACUGGACAGCACCUGAAGUGCUGAUGGGCAAGAAGUACACGGAGAAGGCUGAUAUUUUCUCGUUCGGUAUAGUCAUGUCCGAGUUGGACACACACGCCGUGCCGUACUCGGACAAACGCGACGCGUCAGGAAAGAAACUGCAGGGCAUGAAGAUCGUGCAGAUGGUGAUUCGACGAAACUUGCGACCGACGUUCUCGUCGGACUGUCCACCGCUCGUCAAGGAGCUGGCGGACCGCUGUCUGGACUCAGAUCCGGACGUGCGACCCAGCGCCAUGGAAUUGCUGCGGAUCAUCCAACGCAUGCAAAAUCUUUUGUAA